UAGAAAUGAAAUUGGACCCUUUUCCUCUUCCUUUCCUUUUUCCUCGCUCCCUUUUUCAAUUUCAUGACCUGUCUCUUCCUUUCCUGAAGAGCAGAGCAUCAUAUAAUUCGCACACCCUAAUUUCCAUGCCCCAAAUUCAAUAGUCAAACCACUCAACCCCAUCGAUCUAUUUUCCGAUCAAUGGCCAAACGAACCCUACCUCUUCUCAGGCACCUCCUCAGCUCCCCAUCCCAUGGCUUUUCCCAUUCAUUAACGUCAACCCGAUCCGUCACCUACAUGCCCCGACCCGGUGAUGGCACACCACGCGCCGUCACUCUCAUCCCUGGUGACGGGAUCGGGCCGCUCGUCACCGGCGCUGUCGAACAAGUCAUGGACGCGAUGCACGCUCCUGUGUACUUCGAGCGAUACGACGUUCACGGCGACAUGAAGAGUGUGCCUCCAGAGGUUAUGGAAUCGAUCCGGAAGAAUAAGGUCUGUUUAAAAGGAGGAUUGAAGACUCCUGUGGGUGGUGGUGUUAGUUCCCUUAACGUUCAGCUUAGGAAGGAGCUUGAUCUAUAUGCUUCCCUUGUUCACUGCUUCAACUUGCAAGGAUUACCUACGCGUCAUGAGAACGUGGAUAUUGUUGUCAUCAGGGAAAAUACUGAGGGUGAAUAUUCCGGCUUGGAACAUGAGGUUGUUCCUGGUGUCGUUGAAAGCCUUAAG